UAUUUGCCACGUGGCACUAAGACGUUGACCUUGGGUACUAUUAGCUCUAUCAAAAAAAAAAAAAACACUUGUUCUUCCUCUUGCCUCUGAUCGGAAAACAGAAACGCGAUGGGGAGGUCCCGAUUUGAUGUACUGGUCUCCGUCUUCGUUACGGUGCACCCGCACGAAUCCUCUGCUCUUCUCCACGCCUUCUUCUGCUUCUUCUUCAUUUUGAGUGCGUAUUUCGUAGUUUUACCUUUGCGUGACGAAGGUGCCAUUUCGUUGGGACUAUCAAAUCUACCUGGCCUAUUCGUAGGUUCAUUGUUGCUCACUGUCAUUGCCGCGCCUUUUUCCUCACUCGUUUUCUCUCUCCCUAAUGUUUCUAAAAACAAGGCUUUGGUUUUCAUACACAGGUUCUUCAGUGUAUCACUCAUAGUGUUCUUUAUUCUAUGGCACUAUUCUUCAGCUGGAUAUUCAACCUCCAAUGUGACUGGGUCCACAGCUUUGACGUCGAAGGAAGGGAAACCUGGUGAUCAAGGCAGUCUCACGUCGUCAUUUGGUUGGGAUAACCAUGGAUGGUUUUAUAUCUCUGUCCGUAUAGGAUUGUUUCUUUGGGUUGCUUUGCUUAAUCUAAUUACUAUUUCUUCGACUUGGGCAAGGGUAAUUGACGUAAUGGACAAUGAGUCAGGUUCAAGAUUAUUUGGAUUUAUUGGUGCUGGUGCUACUCUUGGACAACUUUGCGGAUCACUGUUUGCCACAGGAAUGGCUUUUGUUGGCCCGUUCUUGCUUUUGUUUGCUGCUUUGUUGAUGGAGCUUGCAGCUCAGACAUCAAGAGGGAUAAAUUGUGAUGCAUCUCAUGUUGAAGAAGAAUUGUCUCCCAUUAGAGAAUCUGAUUCCAACCAUGAAAGUGAGGCUCGUGAGUUUGAAAGGACUGAACACACUCUAGGUUCCCCAAAGCCAUCCACUUCUUUAGUGAAGCAUAAAGUUUGGCCCAUAUUGGAAGGACUCUGGCUUAUAUUGUCAUCAACUUACCUGUUGCAUAUAUCAUUGUUCAUCUGGCUGAGUGCAGUUGUCUCUUCAUUCUUCUAUUUCCAGAAAGUGAGUGUGAUUGCCACUACAGUUACUAGCUCUCUUGGUAGGAGAAAAUUGUUUGCCCAGAUAAAUAGCUUUACUGCUGUUUUUAUUCUUAUUGGACAACUAUCCCUAACGGGGCGCAUUCUUACUGUUGCUGGGGUGACUACGGCUAUAUGCUCAACUCCUUUCGUUGGCGUCUUAAAUUUAGUCGCUCUAGCUCUUUGGCCAGAUUGGAUGACGGUGGCUAUUUGUGAGACACUGAGAAAGGUCGUUACAUAUGUUGUUACAAGACCUGGAAGAGAACUUUUAUUUGUGGUUGUUUCAGAGGAUGAAAAGUAUAAAGCUAAAGUAUGCAUAGAUGUGUUGGUUCAAAGACUUGGAGAUGCUGCAGCAGCUGGAAUGUAUAAAAUUCUUUUUGGUUCCAUAAACGGGAGCCCAUCAACUGCUUCCCUUUAUGGCCUUCCCGUUUGUUUGUUAUGGAUAGUCACAGCAUUCUUUUUGGGUCGUAGGCAAGCGCAAAUUUCAAAGGAAAAUUUGAGAUUAUAAUGAAUUGUAAUGCAUGAUAGUUCAAUCAUAUGACAAAUGCGUAAGCCGGAUUGUGUUUCGAGAAAAUCGAACUUCUGAGAUUAAAGCUAACGUGGUAUGCUCUCCCAAUUUUUUAAGGCAUUCCUUCUGUGUUAGUAAUUGGAGAAAUUUUGAUGUAAAGUGAUACAGUGUAAUAACAUAAAUUGAUACUUGCUGUAAAAAAACCAUAAAUUGGUACAUGGUUCUAGAUUAUUUUAAAUAUUAUCCUAGAAAUUGAAUUAGUAAAGUUCCGGUGAUAAUUCAAUUAA